CAUUGCAAUUAAAUUCGUAAUUUUAAUCACAAAUGUUAAAUAAAUACUGUUCCAAUUUUUUUUAUAAUUGUAUACUACGGUAUAAUUUCCAGAAAUGGAACAAUUAUGCACCGCGUGCCUGUGCACCGGACGGAAAUUGUAUUACAUCGUGCAAACGGGUUUCUAUGAUUUGUAUUCACAAAUUUUGAAUGAAAUAUCCGUAUAUAACACAUCCCAGAUGUGUGUGCGAGUGUGCUGGGAGUGCCGUGCUACACUGCAGCGCUGGCAACGCUUCAAGGAUCUGGUCAAGCGCUCACACACGUCACUCCUUCACAUCCAGGACAACAACCUUGAGACUGUAUCGCAGGCAUCACAGCUUCAAAUCCAGCACAUCACAACCACCAGUUUCCCAUCAAUCAAAGUGAAGACUGAAGUCACAGAUCACCUCAACGUGCAAACCAUAGAUGUGAAUGAAGAAGACCCAGUUGUGGAUACCAAUGGAUAUUUCCAUGCGGAGAGUAUUGAUGUAAAGGUGGAGUCAGAACACUGUGAGCCAGAGACCUUCGUUAAUGACCUCCAUGUUGUAUUUGAGGAUGUUGGAAAAGAAACAGACCUGAAGUUAAAAUCAAAAAGGAAAUUAAAAGAGAAAUCAAUAAACAAAAAGAUUAAGACGAAGAAAAAAAAGAAACUAAAAGUUGAAACAAAGAAGAAUGCGAAUAUUGAAGAAACGGAAUUGAAUUCUGAUGGUAUAAGCGAUAGAGAGGAUUUUAUCCACGAUAAUAAUGAUCUAGAAGAAUCUACAGAUCUUGUAGAAGAGAAGGUAGAAGAGUUUAAGUGCAAAGAAUGUGAUUUGUUAUUUAAUUUAGAAACAGAAUGGAGAUCUCAUAUUGAUACUGUACAUAAACAGACUGAUAGAAUAAAUAAGAGUAAAGUUAAAGUUAAGAGAAAAGGAAGUGAGAAGGAGAAGAAACCCAGCAAGGAAGUGAGUCGGGACGAGAAGCCGCAGUGCGUGGAGUGCGGGAAAAUGUUCAGCUCGAGGAAGACUUACAGAUACCACCUCAACGUACUACACAAAGGACAGAACAGGUAUCCUUGUCCGCAGUGCGGGAAGGUGUACCAGUGGAAGAGCAACCUCGGACGACACAUGCGCAGCCACAAGGCGCGCGAGUCCGGGGAGCUGUACUGCGCCACGUGCGACAAGAGGUUCGCGUCCGUCGCCACGCACCGGCAACAUCUGCGGGUCUCACGCAGACAUGUCGCGGAGGCGGAGUUCAGUUUCGUGUGCGACGACUGCGGCAAGAAGUUCGUGAACAAGACUCGACUCCGGGACCACAUCGACUGGGACCACCUGCACAAGGUCAAGUUCCGCUGCCAACUCUGCAACAAGCCGUUCAAGUGCCACACGUCUCUGUACGUACACGUUCAGAACGUGCAUCGAGAGCGAGGACGAGACAACCUGUGCCACGUGUGCGGGAAGGCAUACCAGAACGCGGCUAAGUUGAAGUAUCACAUCGUGGCCAUGCAUACAUCGGAGACGCCGUACGAGUGCCCGCAGUGCGGCGCCGCCUUCGGCUGGUACUCCAGCCUCUACAGGCAUCUCAGGGAGGUGCACUACAAGAUGAAAGCGCAGCCUAAGAAGUCGAAACGAAUAAAGCGAGAUGACAUUCUACCGGUUCCUAAUCUGCAAGCCUUGCAGCCGGGACCUGCAAGUCCCACCAGAAGUAGACUGUAAAACUUCGUAUGUACCUCAGUCUCACCUAUUUCAGCCAAGCAGCUUGCUUUGUAAGUUGUUUCGGUUGUAGUGCAGAUUAGGAAGUGAUAUUAGACAUCACAAACGUCACAAAUUAUUUUGUGAUGUUGACUGCCUGUGAUCUAGUUGUUUACCACAGCUUGGGUUCGAUUUCUCGCACGGUACAAACAUUUGUAUUCAUGAUUAUGAUUGUUUGUAUCAGUCUGCAUGUUUUCUAUGUAUGUAUUAGUAAAAUAUGGUCGAGCGCAGUGAUGGCUGGCUCAUAGGUCAUACUCGUGAACGAGUGCUGCUUGUAGGGACUGGUCUGUUCUUAUCACUACGACUGAUUUAAUCCUAUUGUGUACUUAAUAUCUGAAGCUGAAUAAAUUGGUGGUUUGUAUUCGCACGUUACGAAUUGGAAAUGUAAAAUUACAAGGAUUAUGUAAAAGAGCAACACGCAAGUUUCUUGCUUGUUCUUCUUGUGAUGAGACAGCUUUCCGAAUGAGCGGUACAUUUAAAAAAAUCUAUGACUAUU